AUGAGGGCAGGGACGCGCGCUCAUAAGAGCAGGGCCGCGCACCCGCUGGACAAGCCGUCCCCAGGUGGUCCACGAAGCUCCCCUCCGCCGCAUCCACAAAGCACCGGCGACCACCUGGCUUCCGCCGCCUCUUCCGCCACAGCUCGCGCCCGUGGUUUGAGGACGGCCAAGCCGGCGGGGGAGCCGGACGCCGCAGGUAAGGCCGCGGUGCUCGUCGUGAGGGCCAAGGACUCUGCGGCGGGAGGGGAGGAGAGGAAGAAGCGGCCGGGAUCGCAGGAGCCGCCGGCGGCGGCCGAGCAGCCGCUGCCCCGUGGUGGUGGUGCCCUCGGCGCCGGUGCGCACGUCGAGCUAUACCAAGGAGGAGGUGGACACGAUCCUCAUCCAGUGCGGCCGCCUCAGCAGGAGCUCGUCGGGGGCCGGGAGGGCGGCGUCGAGCGAGGUAGCGGGCGGACACCGCAGGAGGCGCUCGGGGUCCAAGCGCAGCUACGACUUCGACCAGGACGCGAGGUCCAGCGGUGGCGCGGACGAGGAUUGGGAGAGACAGGGGACGGCGGCGGUGUCGAGGCCGUCGCCGCACCGGGGCUCGCUGCAGCGGAAGCGGUCGGGGAGCCGGGAGAGGAGCGGCGGCGGUGGGAGCUGGAGGGCUAG